AGAAAUCUUCUUUUCAGUAAAGUCACUAUUUUAUUUACUUAUCUUUUUAAAAAAACAUCCCAUCAUUGUUGAAAUCGUUCAUUGAAAAAAUGAAUGUAAAUACUACAAACUGUAAUGAACUAAUAGAUGAAUUGAAAUUUAUGUGGAUUGAACAUGAAUUAGGACCACAGAGUAUGUCGUUAACACGUCAAAUUUCAAUUGGUAUUGUAUAUACUUCUAUUUUUUGCACCGGUCUACUUGGUAAUUUAGCUACAUGUAUCGUAAUUGCUCGUAAUUCGUUUAUGCAUACCAGGACAAAUUGUUAUUUAUUUACAUUAUCUGUCAGUGAUUUAUUAUUAUUAAUUUUUGGUCUCCCUUUUGAACUUCAAACUGUUUUGGAUAAAUCGUAUCCAUGGAGAUUGGGAACAGUGUUUUGUCGGUUCAGAAUCUUUUUAACUGAAUUAUGUCCGUUAGUAAGUAUACUGAUCUUAACAAUAUUCAGCGUUGAACGAUAUUUAUCAAUAUGUCAUCCAUUUAGAAGAAUUUUACGAUUUUCACAGUAUGAUACUGGACAUCCGUGUAAUCGUACUUCAUAUAUGCAUAAUGUCAAUAGUAAAGCAUCUCACAGUAGUGAAAGAAUAUCAAAAGCAAUGAAUUCACAGAUGAGAAACAGUACACAAAUACAUUGUUCAAAUGGUCAGCCACAUUAUAAACGUGGCCAUACACCGUAUAUGGUACAAAUCAAUGCUCUUAAAUCAUGCUUUCUAUUAAUUUUCUGUGUCUGGAUUAUUGGCAGUUGUUGUGCUAUAGUAAUCGCUGGAUUGUCAAAAGUAUUUUAUGCUGUCAGUUUACCUACCAUUGACGCAUUUAUAAAUAAUACAUGCACUGAUCAUUAUCACACUACAGUGAUUCAAUUUUAUUUGACACCUGACUGUUUAUUAAACAGUGAGAUGUGGACACCAGGUGAAGCUUUACCCGACUCAGCAGUAUGUGCACCGUCUAAUGAUUCAAAAUGGGCUGCAUAUCUCAGUAUUCCAGUCGUUUUACAAUUAUGGACUUUUUUAUUCUUUUUUACUCCAAUGGUUAUUAUGUCUGUUUUGUAUGGAUUAAUGGCGAUACAAUUAAGCCAUUCAAAUCUCGGUCUUCGUGCACAGAGUAAGUCCAAACACGGAAAGGGUAAAUCAUCUUCAUGCAGCAUAUCCAAAACUCGUUCAUCAGGAAAUUGUCGAAGAGGUAUUGUUAGAAUGUUAGUGGCUGUAGUGGUAGCUUUUUUCAUUUGUUGGGCCCCAUUUCAUCUACAACGUGUUCUUACUUCUGCAAAUGUCCAAAUGACGUGGUUUUUGAUUGAUUUCCUCUUCUAUGUGUCCGGAUUUCUUUAUUAUAUGAGCGCAACAGUAAAUCCGAUCCUGUAUAGCUUGAUGUCUGCUAGAUUUCGACGUGCAUUUAUAUCUACAUUUAGAAUAAAACAGACAAGAGCAGAAGAUGUGUCAUGUAUCCAUCCGAUAGUUUCGGUAAGGAUUGUUAAAAUUAAUAAACGUGAACAAAAUAUUUGUUCAUUGAAAGAUGAUAAACAAUCUACAAUCCAAUGAACUUCUCUGUUGCAACAGUGUAACACUGAAUAUAUUUGUUUUCAUAAUUUGAUGAACAAAACUAAUGAGACGAAAAUUAUAGAAAAGUAUUGUAUAUGUAGAACAAUAUCAUCAAGUUUUAUAAACUGUCGUGCAUACUUCUCUCACUGGGUUCAAUAAAAUAUAUUACUGAUGUA